AUGACAGGGGGCCGGGGGACUCCUGUCUAUGCUGCACCAGAGGCUUGGCUGGGAUUUCCUAUAACACACAAAUGUGAUGUUUACAGCUUUGGGAUGUUAUUGUUUGAGAUCAUAGGCAGGAGAAGGAAUCUUGACAUUAAUAUUCAAGAUAGCCAAGAUUGGUUCCCAAGGUGGGUAUGGAAGAAGUUUGAACCUGGAGAACUAAGAGAGCUAAUGGUAGUUUGUGGGAUAGAGGAGAAAGAUAAAGAGCGUGCAGAGAGAAUGGUUAAGGUAGCUCUCUGGUGUGUCCAGUAUAAGCCGGAAGCGAGGCCUUUGAUGAGUGUUGUGGUGAGAAUGUUGGAAGGAGCAGCUGAGAUUCCUAGACCUUCAGUUAACCCUUUUCGGAACUUGAUGCCAGGCACUCUGCACCCUAAUAAACCUGUCGGUUCAGCUUUUCAUUCAGAACGUACUAGCGCUUCUGGUUCGAUUUCCUUUCAGACAGUAACUGAAUUUAGCGUUAUGCAUGCUACUGCUUUCAUGACGAAAUACGAGAUUGAUAUAGUGUGUACCUAG